AUGUUCAAAUCCCUCGCAUUGGUCGCUCUUGCAACAAUCAGCCCCAGCGCAUUAUGUGCCCCUAUCACCAGCAGGGACAUCCCAUUCGGGCAGGUCAUCACCACAUGCACCACCCCCAACACCGUUGCCCUAACCUUCGAUGACGGUCCAUCCUCAUACACCCCCCAAUUGCUUGACCUUCUCAGCGAAUACAAAGUCCGAGCUACCUUUUUCGUCCUAGGCGAAGCCAGUCAAUCAAACCCCCAGAUUAUCCAGCGUAUAAGGCAAGAAGGACAUCAAGUUGGUUCCCAUACCUACGACCACACCAGCCUCCCCACGUUAAGCUACGACCAAAUCGUCCAAGAAAUGACGAGCCUUGAAUCCGUGCUCCAAAGUACCAUGGGCGAUAUUCCAACCUACAUGCGGCCUCCCUACUUCGACGUCAACGACUUGACCCUGCAGGUGAUGAGUGAUCUCGGAUACCAUGUUGUUACAGCCAGUAUUGAUACUAAGGACUACAACCACAAUAGCCCUGAUCUGAUUAGUCAAAGUUAUGACAAAUUCGUCACUGAGCUCAACAAUGGCGGUAAUCUUUGUUUGGCUCAUGAUACUAAAGAACAGACGGUGGUUACUCUGGCGAAGAUGAUGCUCGAUGAGACGAAGUCGAGGGGGUUGACUGUUACUACUGUCGGUGAUUGUCUGGGUGACCCAGAGGCGUCGUGGUACCGUUCUAGCCGAUAG